AGCUGUCGUCAGGUUAGAUCCGUGACUCUGCUGUUGCCGAGGGUUCGGAAGACGCAGAGGGGUGAAUUUAGGUGUUUGAUGGUUGCUUCUGGAGGGGUGUGUAAGACUCUUUGGCUGAAGAAAGCUAUUAAGCUUAUGUGGGUGAUUUUGAAAAAAAUAGCAUUUCGGUUUUACCUGCUUGACUCCCUCUUCUCAAAUUUUAAUUCCGCCUCCACAUCUGGUUGGUUUUGCACUGCCAUCUCUCCGGUUGGGGAGUGCUCUGUGUUAUUGUUAUUAUUGCUUAUGAGGCCAUUCUCUUGUCAUCCUCACUUUCAAAUAAUUGGCAUGGUGCAUUAAUAGACUGAGUGGGAUUAAUGGGUAAAUAUGUUCUAGUCGUCUCUAAUCCUAGAUUAAAUACCAAAUUGAAAUUUCUAGCUUUGGGCAUAGUCUGUUUAGACGUUUUAUUUAAAAGUUGAUGACUGCAUGUUUCAAAAUCACUUGAAAUUCACGUUUUCUUUAUCAUACUCCCACUUUAUUUCUUCUCCCCUACCCCUGCCCCCCCGAAAUCCUCAAAGCGGUGAAAAUUUUGUUCUGAAGUUUUAUGGACCCAGAAGAAAAUUCUGUUCAUAAUUGUGGGACUAGUUUUGUUACCAGUAAUAUGAAAGGCUCUGAGUUUAGCCCGGAAAAGAAAAAAAAGGUUAAAAUACCAGCGAGGAGACUUCGUGAGGUAGUUUCUCCAAAUCAGGGAGAUAAUUUGCCUUUGCUGAAAGAUGAGUUGUCCCGUGUUCCUCCAGCGUUGUCUGCAAAUAAACGUCUUCCUGUUAGAACUGGGAAGAGCUUGAAUGGAACGUUGUGUGGUUCAUCAGACUUAACUUCUGCCAGAAAUUAUCAGCAGCCUCCAUUAGAAAAUCCCACUGUGUCAGAAAGUGAUUUUUCUAAAGAUGUUGCAGUGCAUGUGUUACCUUUGGAUAAAACAGAAGAGAACAACAGACAAAAAGCAAAUGACAUCUUUAUUUCUCAGUACACUAUGGGACAGAAAGAUGCUCUAAGAGCAGUUUUAAAACAAAAAGCUCAAAGCAUGCCUGUCUUUAAGGAGGUAAAGGUACAGCUUUUAGAAGAUGCCAGCGCAGAAAAGGACCCUAUUAUUCAGGAGAAUAGAACUUCACCCAGUGGAAUUGAUUCAGCUGCAACUGUGGCUGCAGCAACUGCUGCCGCCAUUGCAACAGCAGCUCCACUGAUAAAAGUGCAGAGUGAGUUGGAAGCAAAGGUCAAUACUGUUACAGAAUUACUCAAUAAGUUACAGGAGACUGAUAAACAGCUACAACGCGUUACAGAGCAGCAGACAACCAUUCAGAAUAAACAUGAGAAACUACACUGCCGUGAUCAUGGAAAGCAAAUGAAUGUGUUUAUGGAGCAGUACAUUAGGCAUCUUGAAAAACUGCAGCAACAACAAAUAGAUAUUCAGACUCACUUCAUUAAUGCUGCACUCAAGACUAGUAGUUUUCAGCCUGUUACUGUGCCCCCUUCUAGAGCAGUGGAAAAGUAUUCUGCAAAACCAGACCAUUUGAAUUUUGGUAGCAGUAAUCUAUCUUCACAUAACACCUUUGCUUCCAAACAAGCACCUUCAGUAGAGGUUGAAGAUACCAAUUUUGAUAAACAGAAAUCUCCUUUGGAGACACCAGCACCUCGCAGAUUUGCUCCUGUACCUGUUUCAAAGUAUGAUAAAAUAUCAAAGAGGGAAAAUCCUACAGAUAAAAAAGAAAAUAUGGAGAUGUCACGUCAUACAGAAAAUGUAGGACUCUUGGAACAAAUUUUGAAUAACUAUGAUUCUUUGACAAGAAUAAGUGAAUCUUCAGACAAAAACUUACUAACUAGAUCAAAAAUAGGAUGGAAUCCUGAGAGGAGAAACAGCAUUGACCCUCUAUCCACUCAGAAAUUUCCUUCCUAUGAAGAACUAGGAACAGCUAAAGUGACUGUGCAGAAGUCUGAUGAUAUUCUUCAUGAUCUUGGCCAAAAGAGGAACGAAACAAAUGGCAUACUCCAGCCAAAAGAAUCUCAGAUUGUGUCAGAGGUUGCUGAUCUUCCACAGAAUUCCAUUAAGCUUCAAAUAACCAAUACGAGAUCCGUAUUGAAAGAUGCUGAGAAGAUUUUGAGAGGAGUACAAAACCAUAAAAAAGUACUUGAAGAAAACCUGGAAGCUAUUAUUCGUGCAAAGGAUGGAGCUGCCAUGUAUUCAUUUAUCAAUGCUCUAUCUACCAACAGAGAGAUGUCAGAGAAGAUUCGGAUCAGAAAGGCAGUAGAUAACUGGAUUAAAACUAUUUCUGGAGAAAUUCAAGAUGAACUGGCAAGAAAAGAUUAUGAACAAAAGAGAUUUGAUCAGAAGAACCAAAGGACCAAGAGAGUUCAGAACAUGAGUAAAGAUAUUAAAACCAACACACAAGACAAAACGGUAAACAACUCUGUAAUUCCAAGAAAACAUUCUCAAAAACAAAAAGAGGAGCAAAUUAGAAAUCCACCUACAAGGAGCAUGCCUGCUUCAAGCUUACAGAAAGAGAGAAAAGAGGGGUUUUUGAAAGCAACCACAGUGGUACAAGACAAGGAUUAUAUGUUACAAAUCUAUGGAAAACCAGUUUAUCAGGGUCAUCGCAGCACUCUUAAAAAAGGACCAUAUCUCAGAUUUAAUUCUCCAUCUCCUAAAUCCAGACCACAGAGACCAAAAGUAAUAGAACGAGUUAAAGGCACUAAAGUAAAGUCAAUAAGAACACAAACUGACUUUUAUGCAACAAAACCUACAAAGACAGAUUCUAAACUGCAACAUACCAUAACUACACUGUCUCCUGGUGAGCAGCAGUAUUUGUUCAGCCCAAGCCGGGAAAUGCCUACUUUUUCAGGUACACUGGAAGGUCAUCUAAUUCCUAUGGCAGUUCUUUUAGGACAAACCCAAAGUAAUAGUGAUUCCAUGCCACCUGCUGGAGUAAUUGUAAACAAGCCACACCCUGUAACAGUGACUACUUCUAUUCCACCAUCAUCUCGAAAAACAGAAACUGGAGUAAAGAAACCUAACAUAGCAGUUGUAGGAAUGAAGUCAGAAAAAAGGGAUCCUCCUCAGCUUACUGUGCAGGUAUUACCUAAUGUAGAUAUUGACAGCAUUUCAAAUGGUAGUGCUGAUGUUGGUCUAUCUCCGUCUAGUCCCAAAGAAGCAUCUCCUCCUCCUCCUCUGAAAACCUGGAUACAGACUCCAGAAUUUACAAAGGCAGAUGAAGAAGAGGUGAAGUUUCCAGGAACUAACUUCGAUGAAGUAAUCGAUAUCAUACAGGAAGGGGAAAAAUGUGAUGAAAUUCUGGAAUACUCUGAACCAAUUCUGGAGUUUAACAGAAGUGUUAAAGUUGUUUCUACAAAAUAUAAUGGCCCUCCGUUUCCGCCAGUUGCUUCUACUUUUCAGCCCACUACUGAUGUUCUGGAUAAAGUAAUUCAGAGAAAAGAAACAUUGGAAAAUAGCUUAAUUCAGUGGGUGGAACAAGAAAUCAUGUCAAGAAUGAUCUCUGGGCUUCUUCCAGUCCAACAGCAGGCCACAGCUGACAUCAGUGUCUCAGACAGUGAGGCCAGUGAGCCAUUGACUUCUGACAUUGUGGAAGGAACAAGCAGUGGUGCCCUCCAGCUUUUUGUUGAUGCCGGGGUUCCUGUGAAUUCAGACAUUAUUAGGCAUUUUGUGAAUGAAGCUCUUGCUGAAACCAUUGCCAUCUUGCUGGGUGACAGAGAAGCAAAGAAGCCAGGUCCUGUUGUUACAAGUGUUUCUGGGGAUGUUUCAAUAAGCAAAACACACGUGCCGGCAAGAGUGUGUACCCCAGUGGCUACCCCACAGCCAACUCCUCCUCUCUCACCUUCAUCACCUCCUGAGGAGCGUGUGUUGGUAAAAACUCCAGAUUCUUCUCCCUGUGUUUCAGAUCAUGAUGUAGCUUUUCCCGUGAAAGAAAUAUUUGCUGAAGAAGGAAAUAAUAUGCCUCCCAUCACACUUGUUAAUACUCCAACCGUUACCCCUGCAACUACACCUCCUCCCGCAGCAGCUCUUACCCCAACUUUGUCAGAGACUUCUAUUGAUAAAUUGAUGAUGUCAAGCCCAGAGCUUCCCAAGCCAUGGAGUAAUGGAGACCUGCCACUGGAAGAAGAGAAUCCCAACUCUCUUCAAGAAGAACUUCACCCGAGAGCUAUUGUAAUGUCUGUGGCCAAGGAUGAAGAACCUGAGAGCAUGGACUUCCCUGCUCAGCCUGCACCUCCAGAGCCAGUUCCCCUUAUGCCGCUUCCUGCUGGCACCAAGGCCCCUUCACCCAUACAGAUGCCAAGUUCAGAUUCAUCAACAACGGAGAGUACCUUGAGCGUUACUGCCACUGAAACUGAAACCUUAGAUAGACCCAUCUCUGAAGGAGAGAUUUUAUUUAAUUGUGGUCAAAAGGUGGCUCGUAAGAUUUUAGGAAAUGAAGGACUGUAUCUGACAAACCUAAAUGAUAGCUUAUCCAGUACUCUGCAUGAUGCCCUCGAAAUGGACUUGGAAAACAGUGUAGGUGAACUUAGUGAAGGACAAAGGCCCAGGCUGACAGCAGCAGCAGAGAACAUCUUGAUGGGACAUUCCGCCUAUAUGCAGCAGCGUGUAACUAACGCAGAGUCUUCAGAUCAAAGAUGUGCUCCUAAGCCAUUAUCUCAGCAGUGUGACACAGUUACAGAUGAUAUUUAUGAAGAUUUAUGUGCUAGUCAUGGUCCAGUGAGUUUGGGAGAAUUGGCGUUGCAGCCAGAUCCUCACCUUGCCCUUCCCACAAAACUUCUGACAACACAAGAAGAUGAUGUUAAAUUAUCAGUAGCAGCUGAAGAUUUUCCUCAGUACCAACAAAAACAAGACCAAGAUGUUAAGCAAGUUGAACACAAGCCAGUUCAAAGUCGUUUAAUACGUGUAAGAAAUAAAUGUGAUAUUUCACUUUCACAGCAACAAGCUUCACCAGGUGAUAUGGAUCGGACACAGAAUGAGCCCAAUCUGUACCUAGCAUCCAUAUUUACAGGUGGUAAAGCAGUUCCACUCUUCACUUCGCAGACAUCACCUGCCAAGAUCUCCGUGACACCACCCUCAGUGAACCUGGAGGACUGCUCUCAGUCUCUGAGCAUCAGCACUGUCCAGGGGGACACAGAGUCCUCAGGAACAGAUACCUUCUGAAUGUGAAGUGAGAGCCAGUACAGUAUUUGUGCUACUGGUUUUGAGGUCAUUUUUCUCUGGCAUAAAACUAUCUCUCAGACUAUUUUUGUCCUUCAACAUAUUCAGAAAAACAGUUUUUAAUUUUUUAUUAAAAUGAAAAGUGUAAUUUGGGUAUUUAGGUAACAUUUUUAAAUAAAAUAAUUUAAAUGGA